GUGGGCACUGUACGAACGCAUCGUACGUGUCGUGCGUGGUCCCGUGGAUUAUGUCUUCUGUGUCGUGUUUGUCCUGCUUUGUGGUGUUGCUUUUGCUUGGGACAGUCUUUGCUGGCGAUGACUUCAAAUGUCCUGAACAGUUUGGUUACUAUCCGGACGAAGGGGACUGCAGCAAGUAUUUCGUGUGCGUCUUCGGAGAUCCUCUGCACGAGAGCUGCACUGGUGGACUUUACUUCAGCGUCGAGUUGCAGACAUGCGACUGGCCAAGGAAUGUCCAAUGUGCCGGACCAGCAGGGUCCAGUGGCAAGCGACCCCCUGCCGUAAACGAAGGUUCCAUUGUAUCGUCCAACCGUCGCUAUGCCGCUUCCAGUCGAUCCUCAGGAAGAAAUCGUCAGCUAUCGGAAGUGCGUAGUCGAGCAAACCCUGUGACAACGACGACGCCACAACCACCUAGUACGACGACGCGCUCGCCUACCACAUAUGACGACUACCAGUCUCUGCUGGACGACUCCAAGAGGGUCGAGGAGUCGACAGAGAAUCCUCCAGGCGUGGAAGACAAUAAGGAAGAAGGUGCACCUCCACUGUCCAAUAACUAUGACCCCCAGCAACCGCAAUAUGAGGAAGCUGUUCCUCCUGUUGUCGACUCGGAAGGAGGCAUUCACGUAGCGGACGGUGGCCGACCAGACAAGAUACCACCGCUGAAGGAUGGCGGACUGAGUGUCUUUGUCAAGCCUCUGUUCCGCAAUAGUGGCAAGUCCAAAGAUAAAGAGCCUGACCAAGUAUUCAAGCGAGACGAGACUGCCAUACUAGCUGCGCCCAACCCAAGGGAAGACGACGUCCUUCCCGUGUACUAUGCUGACCACCGAAAUAAAGAUGUUGUCUUCGUCACAUACCCUCGAGAACGCUUCGAGAGCUAUGCGGAGAACUUUCACACCCUUCGACCAUCCAGCAACAGAGCUCGGGACGCCCGCUUUUAUCCUCGCACUCGACAGAACUUGCUCACUCAAAUCCCCGCACCUCCCCCCACAACGCAGGCACCCAUUCAACUGAAAGUCACAAAGCAACCGCAGUCGUAUCCCUCUUAUCAUGAUUAUGACAAUUAUAACCUUCCAUCGGAGUAUGCAUACGCGGACGACGACCAGUACCAGACGACGACUACAACGCAGAGACCUCGUCGGUACAGGACAACUACCACAACUGCCCCCAGGCUCAGCAGGAGACCACUUCCAAAGGGAUUCAGAGCGCCAGGGACAAGACCUCCAGCGCCACCGACGCCGGCCUCUCGACCUGCUAGACCAAGGAACCUGUAUGCAACACCUGCGCCACUGGAAGCAGCCCAGAGAUGUGAUAGCCGAAAGUGUCGUCUGCCCGACUGUCAUUGUGGGGGAUCAGAGGUUCCAGGGGGCCUUCCAAGUAGUGAGGUGCCUCAAGUAGUUCUUCUAACUUUUGACGACGCUGUGAAUGACCUCAAUUUUGAUCAUUACACGGAGAUCUUCGACACUGGACGAAAGAAUCCCAACGGCUGUCCUAUCCGGGGAACAUUUUACGUCUCUCAUGAGUGGACGGACUAUGGUCAGGUACAGACGCUCUACUCGAAAGGUCACGAGCUCGCAUCUCAUACUAUUACGCACAGCUUCGGCGAAAAAUUCUCCAAGAAUCAGUGGUUCAAAGAAGUGGCUGGCCAGAGGGAGAUCCUCCACUUGUUCGGAGGUGUGAAAGCGGAAGACAUUCGCGGGAUGCGCGCCCCUUUCCUCCAAAUCGGCGGCAACAAGAUGUUCGAGAUGCUUCACGAGGCCAACUUCACGUACGACUCGUCUAUGCCCGUCUUUGAGAACAACCCUCCCUUUUGGCCUUACACCUUAGAUUAUGCUAUCAACCACGAGUGCAUGAUCACACCGUGCCCGAGCAAGUCUUUCCCCGGCGUUUGGGAGGUUGGUAUGGUCAUGUGGGUGGACCUUCGCGGUGGACGCUGUUCCAUGGGUGAUGCUUGCUCCAACCCCGGCGACGAAGAUGGUGUCUAUAAAAUGCUUCUCAAGAACUUCAACCGUCAUUAUAAAAGCAACCGCGCGCCUUUCAAUCUCUUUUAUCACUCAGCCUGGUUCAAUACGCAACACCACAAGAAAGGAUUCUUGAAGUUUCUAGACCAUAUCUUGUCCAAAGGAGAUGUCUGGCUCAUCACCAAUUGGCAGCUCAUACAAUGGAUGCGGGAUCCGACACCUAACCACAGAAUCAACUCUUUCGAACCUUGGCAAUGCCGGUACCAGGACAGGCCUGAUCCAUGUCAUCAUCCAACUGUCUGCAACGUUCCCUACCAAGGGGGAUUACGAUACAUGAAAACUUGCCAGCCCUGUCCAGAUGUCUACCCGUGGGUUGGAAACACCGGCUUUGGAAGCAAGGGUUCCAGAUGAUUGCUCUGACAUACUCGACACAUUAAUCAUGGAAAGCGCAUUGAAAGUCCCCCGACAUGCAACCAAAGCCACGUUACAUCAGUGUUCCAAAUGAAAAACGGAAUGACAAUUCCACGUAUUUCAGUUCGAUAAUACUCAGGAGUGUUAUUUGUUGUUUCCUCGUUGUUGUGUAGUCCUGGCGUCUUGUGCUGACCUGACGUUUCUAUAUAAAACCUCCCGCAGAAAAUAUGCCUUUGCCGCGACGGCUAUGAAACCGACGCAUUUACAUGUGGCACUAUUUAUUUGGUUUUGUUUGACUCGGACUCGGAAAGGAACUGUCGUCGCUGCUGACUGCAAUGUCAGUUUCAUUCCGACUCUCUGUGUUGUGCGAAAAAGUCUUCCGAAAUAAACACUUUGCAGAAUCA